CUGGCUCGGCCUGCAGCAGGACGUGGGGGUCCCGCAGAGCCGGGUGACAGCAGGGUGGCAGCAGGGUGACAGGGCAGGCUCGGCCCCUCACGGCGUUUGUGCCACAGGUCUGGCAGAGUGUCUGAGGCUGCGGAGCUCAGCUGCUGCCCCCGGCGCCGGGAGCUCGCAGGCUCGGGGGCAGGGGCUGCCUGGGAUCUAUCUGUCCCCUCGCUGAUCUCCGCGGGCAGCGCAGCCCCCCCGCGCCCGGGCUGAGCGCGCCAGGCUGUGCCGCUCCUUCAGCAGCGAAGUGGUUAAUGCCGGAUGCUCUUUCCACCCCGGCUGUCCAGCCCCAGCCCCGCUGCCUCCCGGACAAGCGCUCUCCUGGGCAGGUUGCUGGUCCGGGGCCAAGGGGAGGGCCACGCCGGCGAGGCAGCCUUUGUCCCAGGAGCGGGCUCCCGGCUCCAGGUUGGAGGAGGAAUGGGCUCCAAAGCCAAGGCCAUUGCCAGUCUCCUGGCAGCCACCUGUGUCUGCAGCGUCAUCGCCCUCAUUCUGAGCGUUGUGGAUGUGAAGGAUGUGUUUCUGCCCCCCAGCACCAAGGUAGGGUCCUUGGGAGGAGCACAGCUCUCACUGGGCUGCUGGCUACCGUUAGGUGUUGGGUUUUGCCUGGGUUUCAGGCAGGCUGUGCUGUUUGUCACCAACAUGGGGACAACAGCCUGCACAGACAGGAGCAGGUCUGGUGUUUGUGCCUUUGCUGGCAGGGAGGAGAACAGCAGCAAGGCCGAGCAGGUCUUGGCCCAGGUGUCCGAGGCCAUUGGGGAGUACCCCGUGGAUUUCCGCGGAGCCCGGAUCCUGACGGGCAGCGAGGAGGGCUCCUUUGGCUGGAUCACUGUCAACUACCUGCUGGAGACCCUGGUCAAGUUCUCGUUUGCAGAGAAGUGGGAACAUCCCCAGGACACCGAGGUGCUGGGAGCUCUGGACCUUGGCGGUGCCUCGACGCAGAUCACCUUCCAGCCCGGGGUCCCCGUGGAGGACAGGAACACGUCCGUGUUCUUCCGGCUCUACGGCACCAACUACUCCCUGUACAGCCACAGCUACCUGUGCUACGGGCAGAGCCAGGCCCUGAAGAUGCUGCUGGCAGCUCUGCACCAGGCCAGCUCGAGUGCUCAGAUCCUUCACCCCUGCUACCCCCGGGGGUACCAGGAGAACAUCACCGUGGCAGAGCUGUACGACAGCCCCUGUGUGCGUGCGCCGAGCUCAGCCAGGCCUGGCCAUGUCCUCACGGUGACGGGCACAGGGGACCCAGCCGCGUGUGGCACGGCCGUCCGGAGACUCUUCAACUUCAGCUGCGGGGCACGGGGCCCGUGCGGGUUCAAUGGGGUCUAUCAGCCCCCCGUGCGGGGACAGUUCUUCGCCUUUGCUGGGUUCUACUACACCUUCAGCUUCCUGAACCUGACCCGCCAGCAGUCUCUGAGUGAAGUCAACACCACAGUCCUGUCCUUCUGCAGAAGGAACUGGACAGAGCUGGUGCAGAGCUUCCCGAAUGAUUUGAAGUACCUGCACACCUACUGCUCUGUGGCCUUUUACAUCAUGACGCUGCUGCUCGAUGGCUACAAGUUCAACGAGCACACCUGGAGCAACAUCCACUUUAGCAGGCAGGCAGCAAACACAGACAUCGGGUGGACACUGGGCUUCAUGCUGAACUUGACCAACAUGAUCCCUGCUGAGGCUCUGCAGCAUGUCAAGGGCCACCAGCCCGGCCUGUGGGCAGGGGCCGUCUCCUUCCUUGUACUGGCCAUCGUGGCAGGCCUGGUGGCUGUUUUCCUACACUGUUUCUGGAAAACAAAGUAGCUCCCAGCCUCCUGACUAGAGGCAUGCUAGGCAUCCUGCCUACUAAACCAGGCAGGGAAGUGGUGCAGAAGAGGUGGAAAAUGGAGAAGAAUGAAGGCAUUAGACCCAUCUCCAUUGCUCAGGAGAUCUGACUGGGUCAUCUCUGUGAAUGUAGAAGAUGACUUGAUCUCUCUCCAAGAGGACAACUCCUUUAAUCUGACUGCCAAAAGCUCAUUGAGACUUGUUGGCGGGAUGAAGCAAAAAAAAAUCAACCUAGAAAUAAAAUCAGUUUUGU